GAGCUGUUGGCUGGCUGGCUGCUUUCCUACCCAUACAACUGGCGGGCCCGACCAGCAACCAGCCAGGCCAGAUACACACGGACGGAUGUAUCUGUGAGUCGUUGCUCGCACAUAGCACACGCACACAUGGCCACCUUUUGCGAACGAACGCACACACAGAUACGAGCUCAGAGUGCCUGAGUUUGCGUCGUACUCGUGCUGCCUGUACGGCUGUAUGGCUGUAUGGCUGUAUGCCUGCCUCUAUGGCCGUAUGGCUGGCAUUCACUCUGUGUAUUUGAUAUUCCAAAGGCAAAAGCUGUACUACGGCCGACUCUGUUCGACUGCUGCUCGACUUGAGUUUUAGUGGAAGAAAAUUUAUAAAGUGAAAAUACACAGGCACAGCCAGCAGGCAGUAGGCAGCCAGUAGAAGGCAUCGCACCAGUACUGAAACCAUCUGAACCAAACUGAACUGAAACGGCGAACGGCGAACGGCGAACGCCAGUGCGAGAUACAUUGAGGAGCAUAGAUUUUUGGCUGCAAUUAAACGCAAAUUACGCGACAUUUUCAUACGGCUUGAAAGCAAAGCCACCUCGUUUUCAUUGAAAGAGCAGACAAGCCAGAAGCAGAAACAAACAUGAGUGGAGAGCGCCCGAAGCGUCCUUUGUCAGCCUACAUGCUGUGGCUCAACGAGAACCGCGAACAGAUCAAGAAGGAUAACCCCGGCAGCAAGGUGACAGACAUCGCCAAGCGCGGCGGUGAGCUCUGGCGCGGACUGAAAGACAAAUCCGAGUGGGAACAGAAGGCCAUCAAGAUGAAGGAGGACUACAACAAGGCGGUGAAGGAGUACGAGGCCAACGGCGGCACCGAUUCGGGGGCGCCCAAGAAGCGAAAGAAGCAGGCCGCCAAGCCCGCCAAGAAGGCCAAGAAGAAAGAGUCCUCCGAGGAGGAGGAGGAGGACGAGAGCGAGUAGAGAGUCGGAGGUGGCCAGUUAAUAGCUGCCUCCGAGCGGGCAACGUUUUCUGCAUAAGUUUUAAAAUACAUUUUAUUAAUGUAAUUUUUUAAGUGACAUAGAAAAAAAACAAAAAAGAAAACCCCAAAAAAUGAAAACCAACAAAACUUAAGUAAAAAAAUCUCAAAAAAUGCAAAAAAAAAAUGAAUUAAGACCUUAAAUCUUUAAUAUGCACUAACUCCAUAAACACACAUGCCAACAUGCCCCAGACACCGACACAGCAUAAACCAUAAAACUAAGUUAAAGAAGUGAAGCCACACAGACACAUAAUUUCCAGUCGGACAACUUUAGCAACUGUUCUAUAUAUAUUCUAGGUUUGUACGUACGUAUACAUGUAUCCAUAUGUAUGACACUCUUCUUGAAUCACACGCCAAAACAGACCCCACAAACAGGCCCCCACUUUAGCCACUUUCUUCGAUUGCAUCAAGUUAUUUGAAUUUUGAGUCCUUCGAUUCGAAAGCAAGAGUUAUAUAUAUACAUAUAUAUACAUUUUAAACUAUAUACAUAAAUAUAUAUUUGAGUAUAUAUUGUGUAAUUUAAAAAUGAAAACAAAACAAAACCCAUAUUACAAAUAUGUAAUUGUGAAUGUAGAGCUGAAUGGAAUAUUUAAAAAAAUAUAAAAAAUUGUGAAAACAUUUAAAGGA